AUGACUGAAGUCUGGUCUAAAAAUCAAGUCAUAGGCAAGGACUUUCGGCCCGUAUCUAGGACCCAAGGUCCUUCUAAUUUCUCUAAUAUGCCUCCGGCUUCUUCUGCAUUCAUUCCAAUGGAUUUUUACACAAGGAUCCCACCAAAUACCAAGCUUAUUGUCGGCAGCCAUACAGUUACGGUCAUCCGGUAUCUUAGUGAAGGUGGGUUUUCACAUGUUUAUCUCGUGGAAACCCAGGAUAAGCGGUGUUGCGUUUUGAAACGCAUCCACGUCCCCGACAAAGCCGCCCUUCAACUGGUACACGGAGAAAUUGAAACGAUGAAACGUCUUAAGGGCCAUCGCCAUAUAGUGAAUUAUAUAGAUUCGAACGCUUUAUAUUCAAAUUCGGCAAACCGUUAUGAGGUCUUUUUAUUGAUGGAGUAUUGCGCAGGGGGUGGCCUCAUUGAUUUUAUGAACACUAGACUUCAAACUCGUUUAACAGAAAGUGAAAUUUUGAAAAUUUUGGCAGAUGUGUGUGAUGCGGUUGCUGCUAUGCAUUAUUUGGACCCACCUUUAAUUCACCGAGAUCUUAAAAUUGAAAAUGUUUUGUUAGUUGCUCCAAACUUAUAUAAACUUUGCGAUUUUGGUAGUGCUUGUGAAACAAUACCACCUGCAGCCACACCAGAAUCGAGAUUAUUGGUCGAAAAAAAUAUUGCAGCGUAUACGACUCCUCAGUACCGUUGCCCAGAAAUGAUUGAUUUGAACCGGCAACAAGGUAUCGACGAAAAGAGUGACAUUUGGGCAAUUGGCGUCCUCGCUUACAAACUUUGCUAUUAUACAACUCCAUUUGAAACCGUUGGAAGUCCUGCUAUUCUGAAAGCUUCAUUCUCCAUCCCUCCUUUUCCGAAAUACAGUGACCGUAUGAAAAGGUUUAUUGCUACAUGUCUUCAAGAGCAGCCAUCGCAUCGUCCCAAUAUAUAUCAAACUUUAAAGGAAAUUAUGGAAAUGCGUGGCGCACCUCUACUACUUUCGGAUAUUUAUGGGGGUGUGAAUGCUUCAACUUUUAACCCACCGAAAGCACCUCUUUUCAGAACACCUUCUGGCCGACUACAGCCUGCUUCCUCCUUGCACUCACAUGGAUCGCUUCCUCCUAUUCCUAUUUCUCGUCCGUCCAUAGCACCAAAGCAUUCUGGACAGUCAUUUGACCGCUCCUUUAGCCGGCCGAGUCGGACACCGCCCUCUCAGCAUUUUGAUCAAAAUAAACAAAACAUAGCAUCCACAACUGCUGAUGACAGCUAUAACCAAAACGUCACUUCAACCGGCCCAAUCAUCCCAAAAAGAAAUUUGGAUGACUUUCGGUCUCAACUUAAACAUGGUGACAUCCUUAAUGACAAUGCUAAAAAUAAUCAACAAGGCAAUGAUCAAACUGAUGAAGUUGAUAUUCUUUCACGCUAUCCUAGUGUUGAUGAAUUAGAUAAGCAAGUUGGUAACAAAAAAGUUGUUCAGCCGCUUCCUAUACUUGAUGCCAAAAAAAGCGGUACUGUUGCCAACCAAUCUGCUUCUUCAACGUUACUCCCGUUGUUAUCUGAAAAGAAGUCGGUCCGGUCUCAAUCAUCAGAUCACCCGCCUUUCAAGGAAGUGGAAUCUAUUUGCACAAAUGAUGCGGGUAAACAGAAAAGUUUUUCAAGUGUACAUUCGCCUGUUCCUCAACUUCCCUCUUUAAAUACGUCUUCUUCUGACAAGCACAAAGAGUUAUCUCAAGAUCAUGGCCCUUCGUCUUCGUUUUCAUUUCUUCAUAAGGAAACUGCUCCAAUUCCCAAGCGGGUUGAUAAUGUUGACUCAAAAGAUGUUGUUCAAAAUCAUCGUCCUCUACAUUCAGAAUCUGAUCAUUGGAAGCCAUAUAAAUUUAACCAAAGUCAUACACCGUUAAGAAUGGAAGCCGAUAUGGAUAGGGAUUUGAAUAAUAAAUCCCAAAGUUCUUUAAAUAACUAUUCGUACCCAGGAGAGAAAGAUAUUCCUGUUCAAGCAUCUCCAUUAAGUGUAUCCUCUUAUGAUGAGGAUAUUAUGAAAGGAGUUGAAGAUUUGGUUCUUUUUAAUGAUAAACAUGAUCGAACAAGUUCUCCUGAGAGUGAAUCAUUCGAAGUUCAGUCGAACGUUGAAUUCUUGAAAAGUUUGGGAUCCCAUGGUCGUCAAUCUUCUUCAGAUAUUUCACGUACACAAAGGCUGCAAAAGUCGAUAACUGCCAAGCUUGAAAAAGUAAAAACAAAUGAACUAAAUAAGAAGGAUUUACGAUCCACGUCUAAUAGCUUUAGCAAACCCAGAAAGCAAGGGCAUGCUUCCAGAUUGUUGUCUGGUAAAUUUGGUGAUGCUUUCAAAAAGUUUGAAUUUGGAAAUGAGAAAGCACUUAGAAAAUCCCGUGAUUCACCCAUAAAGGAGACAUCGAAUUCUGAGUUUGCACUUGUCAGCCCAAACCCGUCUGAACCAUCUGAACUAUCUGAUGAUUGGAAAGUAGAAAGUGAAGACUUACCUCAGGUCCACGAAAAUAUUCGCCAAUAUCGAAAUCUCUCUGAGCCUAAUCAAAUUAAAAGAGCUACUAGUGUAGCUAGAUCAGGAUUCAAUCGAACUGAGAGAAAUUCUCCAGAACCAAAAUUGGUUAGUCCAGUGAAGUCUAAUUUAAUCCAAGAAAGAGUUCGACAGUUGUUAGAUCGAGGCGCAAAGAACUCUUUGGAUGAUUUCUCGGACAGCGAGAAUGGUGAUCAUACGCCAUCUAAUCUACAAAGGCCUCAUAUUGAACGACCUUUACCGAAACCUGCAAACCUACGUGGACAACCUCUUGAUGCUUAG